AUGGCGCCUAUUCUCGCUCUUACCUCUCUUCCUCUGCGCUUCAGCCCGCACACUCAUUCCACCCUACCUCCUCUCCUACCCUUGCCUUCCCUACCCUCCGCUUCCCUCGCUGCCCCUUCCUCCCCUUUCACCACCUCUCCUACUUGCCGCUGGACUCCCCUCCCUCUCCACCCCUCUGCUUGGGUUCCACUGUCCCAUCGGCGUCCCCGCCUUUCUGCCCUGGACGUUCGUGCCGCUCAGCUCAUUCGCAGCCAGGAUGUCAUCUUUGAUGAGACUCGAUCUCCAUUCCUCACUCCCCCUCCCACCCCACCUGCUCCCUCUCUCAACUGGUCUGACUUUGAUCCGCUGCCCUCUGCUGUUCCCUCUCCUCCUCCCCUUCCUCCUGCCCCUGCUCCACCCCCCCUGCCUGCCUCCUCCACUCCCCCCUCCGCUGUCAUCUCUGGCAUCUCUCCUCCUGCCUCUUCAUCUUCUGCUCCCAUGGCCCCUCCCUCAUCCCCUCCUUCUGCUACCCUCCCUUCUGCUCCUGCCCCCCCACCCUCUCCACGUAUCACCCGCUCCUUGUCCCGUGCAAUGUGCUCCCCACUCCUCGCCCUUUCCCUCCAGGCGCUAGCUUAG